GUCUACCUUACAAUUGUAAAUACUAAAUACCCAGGGAUAGUGUUGCAAUUAAGGCAAAAAGGAUGGCUAAUCUACAAAUACCAGAAAAAGAGUUCCGUUGACGUGUGGCUCACCAAACCCGCCACCUACCCCCGACGCCUUCCUCCUCCUCCACUUACCACACCAUCCCACCGUUAACUCUUGACGCCGUCAAAAACCCGUCAUCACCACCGGGCCCCCACCUCCCGCACUCUCACCUAAAACGUCUCCACACACUAUAAAAUCCCCAACCCCUCCGUUAAAGUGCUGCAGUUCCAAAAACCACCAACUCCCGCCAUCACCACCGCCACUGCAGACCGCAAACCAUUUUAAAAUGGAUCUCCUCCUCCUCGAGAAGGCGCUAAUAGGCCUCUUCUCCGCCAUCGUCGUCGCCGCGGUGGUGUCGAAGCUCCGCGGCAAGAAAUUCAAGUUGCCGCCGGGACCGAUUCCGGUCCCAAUCUUCGGCAAUUGGCUCCAGGUCGGGGAUGAUCUGAACCACCGCAACCUCACUGACUACGCGAAGCGUUUCGGCGACAUCUUCCUCCUCCGCAUGGGGCAGCGCAACCUCGCCGUCGUGUCGUCGCCGGAGUUGGCGAAGGAGGUCCUCCACACGCAGGGCGUGGAGUUCGGAUCGCGCACGCGCAACGUCGUGUUCGACAUCUUCACCGGUAAAGGUCAGGACAUGGUGUUCACCGUGUACGGCGAGCACUGGCGCAAGAUGCGGCGGAUCAUGACGGUGCCGUUCUUCACCAACAAGGUGGUGCAGCAGUACCGCCAUGGCUGGGAGGCAGAGGCCGCCGCCGUCGUGGAGGACGUGAAGAAGAAUCCGGAGUCGGCGACGAACGGGAUCGUGCUGAGGCGGCGGCUGCAGCUGAUGAUGUACAACAACAUGUACCGGAUCAUGUUCGAUAGAAGGUUCGAGAGCGAGGACGAUCCUCUGUUUGUGAAAUUGAAGGCGUUGAAUGGGGAGAGAAGCCGAUUGGCACAGAGCUUCGAAUACAACUAUGGCGAUUUCAUCCCAAUUUUGAGGCCUUUCCUUAGAGGUUACCUCAAGCUGUGCCAGCAGGUUAAGGAGAGAAGAUUACAGCUGUUCAAAGACUAUUUCGUUGAUGAGAGAAAGAAGCUGGUGAGCACAAAGGGGGGUGACAAUGGCCUAAAGUGCGCGAUCGAUCACAUGCUUGAAGCCCAGCAGAAGGGAGAGAUCAACGAGGAUAACGUCCUUUACAUUGUUGAGAAUAUUAAUGUUGCUGCAAUUGAGACAACUCUAUGGUCAAUUGAGUGGGGCAUUGCUGAGCUAGUGAACCACCCCGAGAUCCAGAACAAGCUCCGACACGAACUCGACACGGUACUCGGCCCAGGAGUCCAAAUAACAGAGCCGGAUACUACCAAGCUCCCGUACCUUCAGGCUGUGGUCAAGGAGACCCUUCGUCUUCGAAUGGCCAUCCCGCUACUAGUGCCCCACAUGAACCUCCACGACGCGAAGCUCGGCGGCUUCGACAUCCCCGCCGAGAGUAAGAUCUUGGUGAACGCUUGGUGGCUCGCCAACAACCCCGACCACUGGAAAAAGCCCGAAGAGUUUAGGCCCGAGAGGUUCUUGGAGGAGGAGGCUAAAGUUGAUGCCAACGGCAACGACUUUAGGUACCUCCCGUUCGGGGUUGGCCGGAGGAGCUGCCCCGGGAUCAUUCUUGCGUUGCCUAUUCUCGGCAUCACGAUAGGCCGUCUCGUGCAGAACUUCGAGCUGCUGCCUCCUCCGGGGCAGUCGAAGAUCGACACAUCGGAGAAGGGCGGGCAGUUCAGCCUCCACAUUUUGAAGCACUCGACCAUUGUUUUGAAGCCGAGAUCAUUUUGAAAAACACUAAAAAAAAUCAAUGGCUUUCUUUGAACAUUUCUUGAUUGUGUACUGAAAAAUAUUGAAGGGGCGAAGUUAUGUUGUAAUGAUGAUGUUUCUAAGUGCGAUCGAUCUUUGGAUUUUACAAAAUAGUCUACGUUAUGUUGUAAUAUUCAUGUUUCUAAUGUUACUCAAUCUUUUGAUUUGUCAAA